AUGUCCACGGGCUCCCUGCAGAACGGCUCCCGCUGGGCGCUUUCCUUCGACAUGUCCUCCCUCUCCAGCAGCCAGGAGGUGAAUCUGGCCGAGCUCCGUGUCCGCCUGCCGGGCUUCUCCCCAGCCCGCAAUGUCUCCCUGGACAUCUAUCACAGCCGGCGGCGGAGGUGCUGGGGCAGUGGGACCUGUGCCCACCAGCUCUUCCUGGGCACCGUAGCUGGCAGCCCCUCUUCCACCCAGGCCUCCUGGAAAGUCUUUGAGGUCACCAGCCUGCUCCGGUCCUGGCUCCACCAAGACAUGGCCCCUGCACACCACGGUCCCACGGGAAGGGAGUGGUGGGAGGCGAGUGGGUCGGCCACCCCAGCCACCGACUCAACGCGCUUGCCCACCUCGAGCAACGCUGGCCACAGGCAGCCAGCCCUGCCCCAGGACGUGACGGAUGGAGUCCUGCUGCUCGUCUUCUCCAGGGACAAGUCUCCGGGAGACCACAGCCUCAUCAGGACAGCCGAGACCUCCAAGCACGUCAUGCGUGACAGCAGCUCCCAGGGCACGGGGACCCGCCGGCAUCGCAGGAACAGGAAGGAGAAGCAAAGGAUCAAAGUGAGCGACGCUGCCGCUGCCGUCCCAGGGGAGGAGGUCCGGUCCUUGUGCAGGAGGGUGGACAUGAUGGUGGAUUUCGAGCAGACCGGCUGGGGCAGCUGGAUUGUCUACCCCAAAAAGUACAACGCCUACCGGUGCGAAGGGCAGUGUCCGUCACCCGUGGAUGAGACCUUCAAGCCCACCAACCACGCCUACAUACAGAGUUUGCUGCAGCUCUACAAGCCCAACCAGGUGCCCUGCCCCGCCUGCUCCCCGGUCAGGAUGAGUCCUCUCUCCAUGCUCUACUACGAGAAGGGUGAAAUCGUCGUCCGCCACCACGAGGACAUGAUCAUCGAGGAGUGUGGCUGCAACUGA